CAAAACAAACAAAAAUUUAACGAAUUUCUGCAAAUAUCAUGUGAUAAAUUUUAAAUUUUGACCCAAAUUUCAUGCAAAAAAGGACAUGUUACAAAUUUUAGUCGACUUUUUCAACUGUGUCGGGGCCUUUUUGAACUUUGUGCUCAACUUAAGUUACUAUAUUGGAAAACUCUUAAUUGCACUCGGAUCAUGGCUUUUUGCCCUCUUACAAGCGGCUUUUUUGAACAUUCAUGCCUUGGCGGUCAUUUUAUAUGAAGAUUUUUCGUAUUUUUCAUCGGAUAUCACGACAUUUCUCGAAGCAAUUGGACAAACAAUCAACAAUGGCAUCAAAACGAUCAUCGAUGGCAUUGUUGCAGGUUGUUCCAACACCGUCACAUCUACAAAAAGAAUCAUUAAUGAAGGCGGAUUCAAGAUUUCAACCUUUUUUACGGCAAUUUCUGAGUUAUUUUCGUUUGUUUUGUUGAAACUUCGGGAAUUUUUGAUCUUAUUGGGCAACGGAACGUGGUUUCUUGUGACUUUUUUGCCGAAAAUCAUCAUGGCAUUGACCGUUAUUUGCUGGAAUGCGUGUCUAGACUUGUGGAAUCACCUGAAAGAAGCAACGAGAAUUACUUCCAAUAAGAUUUCAGUUGCGACGAGAACAGCUUUCAAUUAUUUCUUGGAUGUGCCGUUGCAUUGCGCCUUGGGAUUGAUCGUUCUUUACGUCGCUUUUCGGUAUCGCGAGAAACUUUUUAGAUUGAUUCGCGUAAUUGGAUACAAAAUUUACAGCAUUUUGCAAUAUUACAACCACGAAUGGAAUUUAUAUCGCAUCCGGAGGCGAGAAGCAGCUCCGAGAAUGAACCAAAGAGAAGUAGAAAUAUUCGCAGAGACACCGCCGCCGUUGUUUGCAUCCCAAAAUGGGGGACCGUCAGUGAGAAAACCGCUGCGACGCGAGACAAGAAGCCCACCGAAGAAGAAAACGUCGCCAAUUAAGCCGGAUUUGUCGUGCGUCGUUUGCUUGGAUCAAAAAAAGACGGUACUUGUUCUUCCAUGUCGUCAUUUGUGCCUGUGUCGAAGAUGCUCACAACAAAUCCCGAGCAUGAACUAUUCAUGUCCUCUUUGUAGAAACACGAUUUCACAAACGAUUGACACGUAUCUGUAAAAAAAAGGUUUUUUUAGGAGAUUAGAUUAGAGAUAAACGAAUUUAUACCCCGAAAAUAUAAGAAAAUUAGAUUUAAAAUGAAUUUUCUUUGAGUUUUUCUUGAAUUUUUGUAAAUCUUUUAAAAAAUUGUAUU